GCAUGCAGUUGCUCCUCAAUGCGCUGGAGAGGCGCUUUGAGGAUAUGGCCCAGACAGAGAAAGUGGACGUGCCUCAGGAGCUUGGACAUUCGACAGAUCAGUUGAAGAUCCUGCUGAGCACUGUCCAGAGUCAGCUCCUGCGGCUGAAUGCUCCAGGAGAUGCAGAGAGCCAGGAAGACUCAGAAGACAAGGACCAGCCGUCAGAAGAACUUGAAGAGGAUCCCGAGAUUGUCAGAGAGCAAGAUGUGGUGCCAGAGCUGGUAGGCAAGCCCGUGUCCGCGGACAAUAAGGGCAAGAAGGCUACUCUCUGCACCGGGCGGCAAGCCCGAGAUGACGAUGAUGGCGGUGCCGAGUGUGUGCCACUGUCUUUGGCGUGCUCUGGGGCUUUUGGCCUGGCUGCCACACGGACCUUCAAGUUCAAGAAGGAUGGCGCCUCCGGCCGCCCGCGGAGCGCGAGGUCGCCCUGGUCUGAGCACUUUGAUCCAGCCUCAGGAAAGCCGUAUUAUUACAACAGAGCGACCAAAGUUUCGAGCUGGACAAAGCCGGAAGAGGAUGAGUCCUCCCAUUCAGUAGCUCCGGAGGAGAUGGUUGUGGAGCCCGUUUCACGUUCUUCCUCGAAGAUGAACAGACAAGCCUCCGCCAGGAGCUUGCAAGGAGUGCUGCAAACUCAGCGGAGCUUGGCUACCCUCGGAAAAAAGCCUGACGCACACGGGCAUCACCGGAAAAGCUGUCUCAUCGACCCGCGGUGGGGUGCCAAGCUCUUAUGGGACUUCUUCGUGAUGUUCGUGGUCCUCUUUGACGCCCUCAUCCUACCCUUUCAGCUGGCGUUUAAGAAUAACUCCCACGACAGUUUCGACGAGUUCUGGUUUUGGUGGACGACAGUCUUGUUCAGUGCUGACAUUGUCCUGAGCUUUAACACUGCCAUCCAAGUGGACGAUGAUGGCAGCCGGCCAGAUGCCCUCCUUCGCGACAGGAAAGCCAUUGCCAUCGCAUACGUGAAGGGCUGGUUUUCCAUCGACUUUUUCAGCACUGUCCCUUGGCCCCGGCUCGCCUCGGUCUUUGCCGCGGGGCAAUCCGACGGCGGGUCCACACAAGCAGCCAAGCUGCUGAAGGUCGUGAAGUUUUUGCGCUUGAUGCGGCUGAUGCGAAUGCUCCGCAUGGCCAAGCUGCGAAAGCUUUGGGAGAGAGUGGAGGAUGAGAUUGGGUCAGUUUUGCUGGUGCAGUCGAUGAUGUUGGUCCGCAUCCUCGUGAUUGUUAUUGCCAUAUGUCACUGGAGCGCCUGCAUCUUCUGGAUGGUGGGGAAUCCGGACAGCUUGAUCACAGACCUCAUGCCAGACAACAUCCUCCAGGAGUUUCUGCAAGUCCCGCACUGGACGACAAUCAGCAGGACUCAUGGGCCCAACCAGGGGACUUGGCGCUGGGUCGACCGACCCACCUCUGAGUCGUACAUCUUCUGCUUCUACUGGACCCUGGGAGUGAUGAGGACAAUGCCGGCUGAGGUGAUCCCGGUGAACCUGGCAGAGCGGAUCUUUGUGCUGUUGUUCAUGUUCUUUGCUCUCUCCGCCUUCGCCGUUUGCGUCGCAUCCUUGACCCAGGCCUAUUUCAAGAUCUCAGAGCGGAGCCGGAGCUUUACGGAUGAGCUCUUCGCAGUGCGCAUGCUGCUGAAAAGGCUGAAGAUGGACCCUACAUCCAGGCGCAAGGUGAAGGAGUUCCUGACGCUGAUGUUUGAGCGACGGAGGAUCAUGGCCAAGGAAAAGAACCUGAUCAAUGUGCUACCGCAGCGGCUCCAGGAUGAGGUGGAGCGCGCGAGGCGGCUCCAGCAUCUGAUGAGGCUUCCCGGGAUGUCCGACAUUAGCAAGGAGAAACUCGCGGAGAUCUGCAAGGAGGAGAACAAGUGCGUGGAGUUCUUCGACAUGUGCCCCGGUGACUUCGCAUGCAAAAUGGGGGAGGAAGCGGAGGCGGCGUGGAUCCUUUGCGCUGGGCGGCUGCAAGCUUUGGACGAGGAGGGCGAGGUAAUGAUCCUUGGGGAUGAGUCGCUGGAUGCGGUGGACGAAGAUUGCCUCUGGAGCUCAGAGCCCUUCAAGUCUCCAUUCACAGUCAGCGCCUAUACCGCCUGCGAAAUGCUGAAGAUCAACAAGGAGAAGUUUGUGGAAAUCGCCUCUACAGACCAGGAGGUCUGGACUUCCUGCUCCCAGUCGAGACGACGGAACGUUCCAACAGCGCAGCGGGCACUGGCGGGCGCAGCGGGCCUCAUCAUCGACACCUCGGCGGCGGCGGCUGUCUCUUCCAUUUCUGCCGGCUGA